AAAAAUCAAAUGCCACUAAUUUUCUUAUCAGAGUUCACGAGUAUAUAUAUCACCAUCGGGCCUUCGUCGUCUUGGUUUCCCAUUCCGAGCUCCGUGAAGCUCUCCCAUGGCGGCCAACUUCUGGGCAUCAUCUCACUGCAAGCAGCUGUUGGACCCCGACGAUGUCGGUGUUCUUCAGCCGUUGGACAAGGAGCGAGGCCUUACACAGGAGGAGUUCAAGCUCAUCAAGAUCCAUAUGACCAAUCAUAUAUGGAAAUUGGCACAACAAGUUAAAGUGAGACAAAGGGUCAUAGCUACUGCUGUCACUUAUUUCAGGCGUGUGUAUACAAGAAAGAGCAUGACAGAAUAUGACCCACGACUGGUUGCUCCGACUUGCUUGUACCUGGCAUCGAAAGCAGAAGAAAGCACAGUGCAGGCUAGACUCCUUGUAUUUUACAUCAAAAAGUUAACAGGUCCAGAUGAAAAAUACAGGUUUGAAAUUAAGGACAUUCUUGAAAUGGAAAUGAAACUUCUUGAAGCCCUUGACUAUUACCUGAUUGUUUUUCAUCCAUACCGUGCACUACUUCAGCUAUUGCAGGAUGCUGGCAUGACAGACCUGACCCAUUAUGCUUGGGGUCUAGUAAAUGACACCUAUAAAAUGGACCUUAUUCUCAUCUACCCUCCAUAUAUGAUUGCCUUGGCCUGCAUAUACAUAGCAAGCGUGCUUAAAGACAAAGAAACAACUGCCUGGUUUGAGGAGCUCCGUGUCGACAUGAAUGUUGUUAAGAACAUUGCCAUUGAAAUAUUAGACUUUUACGACUACUAUAAAGGCGACACCUGCAAAGGAGAACCAGCUAGAGGCAUCCCAGAGGAGAGGAUAAAUGCAGCACUGAACAAGUUAGCAACCAAGUGAUCUUUUAUAACUACAUCGUUCACAAUGCCAGCAUGAUGCAAGUAAGACAUGGUAUCGCCUCCUGUGACUCAACAGAAGCAAUGAGUUCGACUUUGCAGCCACUUGGUGAAGGUUUUCCUGGCUCAACUGGUGUUUUCUUAUCUUAAAUUACUUCAAUUGGACAAUUCCUGGAUCUAUGCUUUGUUACUCUUAAAUGUUAAGUUUAGUACCUAAUCUAUUGACAAUGAUACUUAGCAAGUAUAAUUAUGCUUGCAUAUAUAUAUAUAUAUAUAUAUAUAAACAAACGUCCUACUUUUGUGGAGGAUCUUGAGUAAUUUUUACUCCAAUCAAGUGUUGAUUAGAAAUGGUACCAACUUAGCCCACCAGUUGUCUUUCCUAUAAAGUAUUAUCUUGACCUAACUUUUAGUUA